AUGAUCCGCGUUCUGCUACUGAUUGCUCUCGCCCCAGCUCUGGUGUAUGGCAGCAUCCAUCGUGUCUGCACGGGAGCUCGUCCGCAGCCCUUUGAUGUUUCAAUCGAUGGCUGCACUGCUCCCCCUUGCAACCUGGUGCGCGGUCAAGAUGUAAUUGCUUACAUCAGUUUCACCGCCGAUCGCGCCGUGUUCAACAUGACGACGAUUCCGACGGCAACGGCCCUCGGUAUCACUGCCCCCUACCCGCUGCCGGCUGAGUUCGCUGCCACCUGCAACUGGCUGGAAGGAUCGUCCUGUCCGCUGAGCCCGAACGAGGACGUCACUUACAGACUGACGAUUCCGGUCCUGUCAAUCUACCCCUUGGUCAGUCUGGUCAUUGAAAUUGACAUCGUUGACCAGGACAGUCAAACCGUCGCCUGUUUCCUUGUCGAUGCCCAAGUGGUUGUCGCUCCUAGUUUAAAAUAA